GCGUUCCAGAUCUCGGGGAUUCGCUCUCACCUGCAGCAGUAGGUGAGAACAGAAGGCUUGCUAUCCACGUGGCCCCUUUCAGACUCUGGUGAGAAGGAGCACACAGAUUUCUGCUGCCGUGGCAGUCUGCUGGUUUCACUUUGUAGCCAGUGGAGUCGAGGCCGACGUCGGCGGAGCUCCAUCUUCGAGCUUCGAGGUUUGGCUCAAGAAUUUCGGGGCCGGACCACUCCAUGGCAAGCCUCGGAAUCCCGACAGCUCGGAAUCCCGACAGCCCGGUCAUGGUUUAGGGAUGGUUUAUCAGAUAGAAGUCAAUUUUAUGGGGUCGCUUGUCUAUUCUCCGAGUCUUCUACGACUGUGAAGUGAAGGAUUGAGGUGAUGUACAGAGCGUCUAGGUGGAGGCAGCGUUCAGAAAUUCGGCGUGCGUGGAGAGUGGCACCGACUGUUCGAGCUUGGGUUGUCGAUCCUUGCGUAAGUGAGUUUGGAUUCCGAAGUAUGGAGCCGGCAGAUGAACGAUAUCGCUGGGUCACUCGAGUUUUUGAGGUGCUCGCCCUCGUGUCGGCUUGCUACGUCAUAUCCCAUAGCAGAUUGUGGUUGAGACUUCGUGAGGGUGGAAACCCCUUCACUGAUCCGUACCAGUUCCCACCUGCAGAGUAGGGCGCUGGCGCUCUUGGAAAGUAAUUCUGAAAUCUCUGGAUGCUUGCCGUUUCGGAUAUCACUCGGUUGAUCGUGAAGAGACGAGCUCGUACAACAUUUCGACCUAAAAGCGCAUAUGAACCCUUCGUCUGCGGAAAGCAUUCGAUCGGAGCACUGGAUAUGGUCCCAAGGCAGCUUCGUCUUGGACAAGUAUCGCAAAUCGCGGGAAUACAUUAGAUGCUUCUCUAAUUUUAAAGUGCUGUCGCCGGAGUUUUACUUGUGUUCUUAGAGGCAGGCUCGUGCAAAUUUUAUUCGACAUUUUGGUUUCUAGGAAGAAUUCUAACAUUUGAGAUAAACUGAAUUCUUAACUAAAGACAGUUUAUUGCUGCGUCGGAGAUUAAAUGCGAAGUGGGGAUACUAAAGAGUGACAUUGAAGGAGCGCAUUUUACUAUUGAGCUCCAAGGCUUGCGUCGAUGUCCUUGCUAGACGAAGAAAACCGCUGCGUUAUUGCUCACAUGAUAGAUGACACAAUUGUCCGCCUCUGUUUCGACCCAUGCUAGCGUGGCUUUGCUCGUUGCCUUUCAGAGAAAUAAACCACAACGUAUGAUGCCAACUAGUCUGUUUCAGAAAUGUGGAAAUUUGUAAAUGUUGCCUUCAUAAACUCGAUGUGGUUGAUAUCUGUCUUCCAUUCCGCU